AUGCCCGAAGGAAGGAGGGGUGGGUGCAUGGAACCCCCUGAGGACUGGGCGCACGAUGACUGCGAGCUAGGAGCCGGGUGGGCCACCCUAGAUCCUCGCAGUGCGCAGGAGAGGAGCACCACAUCCGCGACCCAGAGAGAGAGCAACACGACGCAUGAUACAAACAGGGGCAGACAUGGAGGCCUCCCUGGCCGGUGGGCCCGGUCAGCAGCAGCAAGAGGACGAUGGGUGCGCGAGUGGUCCAGCGCAGGAGGACGCGGCUCACCCGGGGGAGCACCGGGCAAGGAAAGAGCGAGGCACGGCGGAGGAGGCGAGCGGCGGUGGCAGAGAUUCGGAGGCGGCACGGCAAAGGCGUACCCCCUCCCCAGUGAUGGAAAGGCACAGGUGUUCCCUAAGUAG